CGCACCACGGAAAAUGUAACCAAGCGGUCGUCGUAUCGAUACCUCGCUAUCGGAGUCUCUAUUUCCGUCUCUCAAGUGACACCUGCUCCAAAAGCGAAACUGUCAGAGGACACGGCUGACAUAAUUCCUAUUACACGCGCUGACUUGAUUCGGCGUUUGUGAUACUUGUGAGCAGCUGAUACAUACGCGUGUCAGGACUCGUCGCGAUAUGAAGAUGUAACUGAGGACAAGCUAAUCGAGCAAGAGUGAUUUGUACGCGUAUUUAUCGAUAUACAUAUACAUUGAAGACAGUGUACCAGAGUGAAGUGACGUUUCUAUCAAUUGUCAAACAAAUUUUAUCACCGUGAUGAAGCUGCACGAGAAGAAAGAAUCAGGUAUCCACAGAAUCCAAGAGGUGCCCCUCGAGGAACUGGACUUAUCAAAGGAGUACAAUGUGGAGAAAACUCUAGGCGAAGGUAGUUUCGCGAAAGUCCUACUGGCAACGCACAGGACCACUCAGACAAGAGUAGUCCUAAAAGCGGUUCAUCAAGAACUCACGUCCGAGAAGGACUUCUUCCGGGAAUUCCAUUACUCGUACCACUUAAGCCCGCAUCCUAAUAUACUCUGCUCGUACGCAGUCGCCUUUAAGGCGGAGAAAUGUUUCGUCUUUGCGCAGGAGUAUGCGCCCUACGGCGAUCUCGCUGGCAAUGUGAAAGCCGGCGGGCUCAACGAGGAUGCCUGUAAGAAAAUUGCUGGUCAACUCGCCUCGGCCCUCGAUUUUAUCCAUUCAAAACAACUGGCCCAUCGUGACAUCAAACUGGAGAACGUGCUAGUGUUCGCGCAGGACAUGAGCAAAGUGAAGCUAUGCGACUUUGGCUGCACAAAGCGCGAGGGCACCCUUGUGAAUAAGAUCCGUUGUACCUGGGUGCCGUUCCAACCUCCCGAGAUUCACGAGAUCAUCAAGAACGAAAGGUAUGCUUGCAAGAGAAGCUCAGACUGCUGGCAGUUUGGCAUUGUCCUUUUCGUUUGUCUGACCGGUAACCCACCAUGGCAGAGCGCCGACCCGAUCCAAGAUCCAGACUAUUCGGCCUUCCAACGAUGGCUGAAGAGACGUACCACCAAAAUCCCACCGACUUUCCGUCGCUUCACUCCUAGGCUACUUCGAUACUUCAGGCGAGCAUUCGAACACAAGCCGGAGAAGAGGCCUCACGUGACCGAGAUCAACAAAUAUCUAAAGGAUUCGUGGUGUAUCAGUAAGAUCAGCCACAGUGCGACGUCGACGUCCGUCGAUGUUAGCGAGAGCCUUGCCAGGCGAGGCGAUAGCCUACUCUAUCUAGAUACUAUUCUGGACGAUCGGCAUAACGUAGAUGAAAACAAGAAUAAGUUAAGAAAGCUACUUAAUAGUUACGGCCUGGAGACUACGGUGGACCAGAAAGUCGUCACUAAGAGGAUAUGGGAAUGGGUAAUGCAAUGUGAUUCUAACAUAGACACAGAACCCGGUCUGAUCAGCAGCUUCAGUACAGAGGACAUGUGAGAGAUAGUGAGAACUUGCAGCGAGCCGUGCCUUCGGAUCACUCAGGAGGAACCGAGUAAGUUCCGAAUGGGCAGCUUCUAUAUGCCGACCUCGUACAGAUGUGCCAAAUAAUCAGCUAGAGCUACCUAGCCGAGAGACACUUUCCGGAACUCAUUCGAGUGCUACGCGAAAAAAGCGGAACAUGAUCCUGUUUCUGCGAUGUUUCCAAAGUGUCGAAAAGCUAAUCACAAGCGGACCAAUUAUUGAACUUGUUUAAUUAGUAAGAAUGAAGAUUGCAGAUAAAUUCGAGAGACAAUGAUAUUUGUAUAGAUUGGUGUUGAAAAUGGUAUAAUCGCAAUUAAUACAACAAAAAUUAAUACACAAAAGAUGUCAUGAAGAUAUUUAAACAUUUUGGUCUCAUAGACGUUAUCCCUCUGUUUAGAAUUUUAUGUUGCUUUGGGAAUUCAAAACAGAAAUAAAAUGUCUCUUAAUCAUAAAAUGCUCUAGCAAUUAAGUAUAAAUGUGAUAUAUAAAUAUCUAAAUAAAAAAGAAAGAGAUAACGUAAAAGAAUAUGCGACCAAAAGAAUGGUGGUAAGCUCUGAAUUAGCUUGAUGUAACUAUAGAGACAAUAAUACCGGUGCAUAUGAUUUUUGCAUUAGUCAGUUGUUCUGGUAAAAAACCGAUGGUCUUAGUAAUGCCUUAUGCGCAAUUAAGCGCGAGGUCAGACAGUCAUUUAAAGUUAUUUUGUAUAUCAUUCAGAUCUGAAAUCCCAUUCUGUUUAUAUUACUUAUCGUUAGUGAUAUAAUCUCGAUUGUUAGGCAAGAAAUAAGGAAACAAGAAGACUGUAUAAUCCAGGGAUUCCUAGAAUUGGAGAUCAUAACUCCAAACUUAGAGUAACUUCAUGGAAACAUUUUCGCGGAAACAAUCUAUUCUUAUUCCAUAAUAAAUGAAGAACGAUUUUAAUUGCUAUGUAAAUUGAGAAAUCUGUAUCUUUUCACAUUUUUAUCACAAUAUAAAUUCAAUAAUUCGUCGAAAAAAAAUGCAAACAUUUAAGAAUCUACUGUAGCCGAAAGAUGCGAAUAGGGAUCAUAACGCGAGAUGGAUUGUUAUCAGAAGUAUCAACAAGAUGUAAAUCACACAAAUGUAGAUACAUUUACAUAGCCAGGUAUAUAUUCGUGCUAGACAUGUAUAUAUAAAUAUGCGUGUGUACGUAUAUACGUAGGCAAAUAUAGUACACAUAUAUUCUUGUAGCAGUUUAUGGUGUAACGCAUAGAGGUUCCGUUUGUACAAUUAGUUACGCCAUUUCGUAACGGUGAUAUAGGUGUAGCGUAAUAUUGCAUGCACGUUGCGAUUCCAACAAUUGUAAUAAUCUUUCGCUAACGAUCUUGCAUUAAAACACUUACGAAUAACAACAUAAAAUACAAAUAACAAUAUAAAAUGGACGUUUCGCGACAAAUCGGUUGCCAAAUUCAUCACUUCUUUGUUGCGAUUGAGUAUUUUAAUUCACACGUUAAUUCGUGUCAUAAUCAGAGAUUAAUGUAAUACUUUCUUCCUAUUAUAAUUGUAUUACAAUGAUGUAUUAUAAUGAUAUCAAUUUCUAUUCUCACGUGCGAUCGUACGAUAAAUCGAUAGAAUUGAUUUACAUUUUACGAAUACCCGAAUAACGCGAACAUAAAAUUAUAAGACUGAAUUAGAAAAGCUCCCAAUAUAUUGAGGAAAAAAGUAGCGCCGGUUUAUUUUCAUUCGCUUUCGACGCACGUGAUUUUCCACAGACAUAAAAUCACUAGUAAAUAAAUCGCAACGUGAGACUUGUGCACGGAUCUCUCUCUAGAAUAUCCCGCAAGUGGAUCAUUAUCUGGAUGAAUUGUGUACUCGUAAAGAUCGGCGUAAAGAACGCGUUAAUCGGAAUCCAUGCGAAUGCGUGUUUCUAUAUAUUUAUACGUUGAAUGUGGAAGUAUAUACGCGCGAAUAUUAUGACGUCGUUACUCUACAAUAUUCGGACAAUCGUUAUUAUCUCAUUACUAGUCCUCCGUAUUGUCCGAAUUGACUGAGUGAUAAGAUAAACGAGUGGAGGAAGGAAGCCGGCGUGCAUAGCCUCCAUUAAUACGAAGCAAUGUUUUGUAUAUAUUGAAAUAAAUCUUGAAAUUGCAUAAAAUUGA